AUGUCCCCGGUCUGGGCACUUAAACACCGCCCUUGGCCACUGUCAACAGCGGUCGCUCCCAAACUUCCGGUGAACAAAGCCAUCGAAGAGGAACGUACGCCAUACUAUAACCCUGCACGAUUUUAUCCUGCACGGUUGGGGGACGUUCUCAAUAACCAGUACCAACUCGCAACCAAACUCGGUUAUGGUAGUAGCUCAACUGUCUGGCUUGCUCGGGAUCUGAACCGAGAGAAAUAUGUUGCUAUCAAGAUCAAUUCCAGUGCCCAUCACUCUCGAGAGAACGCUGCUCAAGCUGAACUAGACAUUCUAAGACACAUCUCUGAAGCAAAUCCCCUGCACAAGGGUUGGGAAUUCAUCAGACGUCCUCUAGAUUCAUUCAGUUUAGAACAUGGGUUGGCGAGACAUCUCUGUCUUGUCUUUGAACCUUUGCGAGAACCCCUCUGGAUAUACCGCAAAAGGUUUAUCGGUGAUGUGAUACCUUCAGAUGUGCUGAAGAUAUUACUUCAAAUGGUGCUUCAUGGACUUGACUACCUCCACUCUGAGUGUCAUGUCAUUCAUACCGAUCUGAAACCAGACAAUAUAAUGAUCAAAGUUGAAGAUCCAUCUAUUUUGGAGGAAUCUGCAAGAGAUGAGUACGAACUUCCUCGCCGCAGAAGAGUGCUCAGAUGCCGCACAAUUUAUCUCUCUCGUAAUGACUUCGGCAUUCGAAAGACCACAGGAAUUAUCCAAAUCACUGACUUUGAUUUAUCUGUCCGUGGGGAUAGCCCAAACAGAGGGUGUAUCCAGGCAGAAAUAUACCGAGCCCCAGAGGUUAUAUUGGAUGCAGGCUAUUCAUACAGUGCCGAUAUCUGGAGCUUAGGGGUCAUGCUAUGGGAUGUUCUUGAAGGCAAAAAGCUAUUCAAGGAUGUUGAUCCCUUUGAAGUUCAAGAAUAUGAUGAGCUUAACCAUCUUGGCCAUAUCUCUGCAUUGUUAGGCCCUCCUCCAAAGGAUCUUCUAGACAAAGGGACAAGAACUGAUCUCUUUUACAAAUCUGAUGGUGAGUAUAUUAUUGUCUUGUCUGUUUCAGCAAGUAUUCACUGA